AUGUACAAAGAUCUGGACUUCGGAUCCAACAAAUCGACGAAGCUUCUAAACCACACGGAAAAGUACCUACUUCUAGACUUCAUGUUCGGCCAAAAUCCUAGCUACUUCGAUGACUACAUUGACGACGUUCGCUACAUCCUAAGUUUCUCGCCCAGCAUUCGUGUGAAAGGAGAUCACCUGAUUGACUCUCUGAAAAUAACAAGACUACUAAUCAAGAACGUGGAGCGAGAUUUUCUGAAAAAAAAACGGCACCACCGUGCGCAGCAGCGUAACGACUCAUUCUCGCUGCGCCUG